GUGCGCGCCAAUCAACAAAAUGGCGUGAAAAAUGUCACAGGAUGUUUGUGUAUUUGAUGUAAAUCAUCUUUAUCAUCAUGAUGGAGAAACUGGCAGUCGAAGACUGCAUGUGCCCAAUAUGUAUGAGUAUUCUGAUCGAGCCAGUGACUAUGCCAUGCAAGCAUACUCUCUGUAUGCCGUGUUUCAAACAAAAUGUGGAGGAAAGCAGUUUGAGUUGUCCACUUUGCCGGACAAGGAUUUCAGUCUGGGCCAGACGAGCGACAAAGACUGGAAAACUGGUGAACGAAAAGUUGUGGGAUAAUAUAAAAUCCAGUUAUAGAGAUAAGGUUGAUAAGCGGUUGGCAGGAGAUGAUGAUGACGACAAUGCAGUCUAUCUGCCGAUUAUCCAGCUGUCCAAUCCUGGAGAAAUAAGGAAAGAGUAUGAAGCUGAAAUGGAGAGGCUUGCUAAGCAGAGAGAGUUGGAGAGACAGAAGGAGAUAGAAGCAAGUGAAGUGCUCAUCAAGAAGCUACAAGAGGAAGAGGUACACAUGAGGGAAACAAGGCAGAUGGAAAUGCAGAAGAUGGAGGAGGAAGAUGGAAAGCUAGCCAAAGAAUUAACAGGUGUCGUGGAGGAGGCUGGCACAGACGCCCCUAUCAACUUUCUAAUGGCUGAGUCGCGAUCAAGGUUGACGAGGUCUACAUCAGUCAACACAUGCAGUAGUAGCAACACUGGACGGUCAAGCAGUCUAAGACCAGUGUCCACCAUUGAAUCCUUCAUCAGCAAGAUGCGAGAGGCAGAGAAGCUAAAGGAGGCUGAUCGAAUCUCCAGUGCUUCAUCAUUACAAUAUAUACAUGGCACACCUGAUAGGGAUUUUUUUGGAAAAUCUGAAAAAUUCUUGAAGGUGGACACACUAAAAGACAUUGAUAGGAAAUCAAGUGAUUGUUCCCUUCCUUAUCUGUGCAAUGAGCAAGAAAAAGGUGACAGUAGUACAAACAUGUCUGGUAAAAGCAAGUCUCGAGCAAGUUCUUGGAAUUAUGGUUUGGUCGAUUUACACACAGAAAAUGAGGGAUUAUUCUCGGAUGAAUUGUCCCGAGACUUGUCCAAAGUUUCAUCUUUUUGUGCUACAGAUGGACUUGUUUGUCUUGAUACAGAGAGUAGUGGUGCCAGUAGAUCAAUUGUUUCUCCAGAUAUUGAAAUUAUCACUGACAAACUUCAAAAUGAACUACUGGAAAAUUCAUCUCCAUCUACAUCGAAAAUGGAUCGAACGUCGUCUAAACUGUCUCGAACAUCAAGUAUACAGAGUGAAGACAGCAUUACCCAGGAGUUGAAUCACUUCAAACCAAUAAAUGUAUGCCCUGUGACCCCACCGAGGAAACUGGCCAGUGGCAAAGUCAUUGAACCGCCAUUGAUUCGUACCACGCCAAGAAAUCUGAAUAAAACCAGCUUUAGUUCUCCAACUAGUAAUGAAUUGUCGUUAUCUGACCUAGACGCAUGUAGUCCAAUUAUGCAAAGACGAUUGUCAGAGCUUGAAGAAGAAAGAAAAAUCAAUGUGCGCCGAUUGUCAAAAUCAACUCUGACUGUCGAAAGAUAUGAUGAGGAUGGUACUGAUGAAAAUAAUUCAGCUAUACCUGGAUAUAGUGACAGCAAAAAUAACUACGCAAAAGUGGAACACACACAGGUGUACAAGAGAAAAGCUAUGGAUAUAGAUGAUAUGGAUAUGAAAAUAUCAUCUAAUGAAGCUAGCACAGAAAGGAAACUGAUGAUUCCUCUUGAAUCAAAUAUUGAUGAUUCAAUGGAUUUUGACAUUCCACCCCCACUGUCUGAAAACAAUAAUAUUAUCAAUGUUGACAGUGACAGUAGGAGCUCUUCUGGCUCAGCUUUGUUGAGGAAAAAGCAGAAGAAGAUGGGAAAACUGAAACAGAAAGAUAAUGUCUCACAAACACAUAAUGUACGGAAGAAAGGCUUGUCAGAAGAGAAACACGGAUGUGAUUCAUUCAGUCCACAACGAUCCAUCACAGACUGGGUGGUCAAGGGAGAUAAGUCUUGUAGAGAUUCAGGCAAGUCACCAAGUCUCUUUACAGAAACUUUGCAAGCAACAUGUCUUGGAAGGGAUGAGGUUGAUGGAGAUUUCAACAGUAACGCUAGGGCUAAAAAAUCACAAACGAGAACAAUUGAUCACUUUAUGACCAAAGUAGACAAAGAAUGUAAGAAAUCUGAACCUGGUUAUUCAAAGAGAAAGAGAAAAACUAAUCAAAACAAUGCUUAUGUAUGGCCAGAUUAUAGUCCAAAGAAGCGAGACGCAGAGAAAACAUCCAAAGACAUCGUACCUGGUUUGUCAGAUUUGGAUGCAAGUACAAGUGAGAGUGAUGAUGAGAUGAACUCAAGCCCAGAGGUUCCGAAUCGGAAACGGAGGACAAGUAAAAAGAGAUGUAUUUCAGAAGUUGAAGAUGAGAGAACUGAUUUCAAAAGAAGGAAAGUGGACGAGGUUCCAAAAAGGAAUCUGACAAAAAAGCUAAAAGCUCUGAAGAAAACUGGUUCUGGUCCUUCAAAAAAUAGCAAGGGCAAAGUAAGUUUGAAAAAAUGUAAGCAAUUGACAGAUUCUGUUUUAUCGAGUGAUAUUUGUGAUGUAACAGACACAAACUGUCUUAAGGUGUCCGAGUGUAAUAUGACAAUACCUGUAGAUGCAAACUUGAACAUUGUUUGUAUGGACUCUUCAGUAGAAGUGUUAGAUAUCUUAGAUGCUAGGAAAAAGCAGGAAGAAAUGGACGAACUGUUAGCAUUAAAGCUUUCAAAGGAGUUUGCAAUUGAAGCCAAGCUUGGAUUGGCCGCAUUUCGUUUCAAAGGAAGUGACAAUGAGUAUAAACUUAGACGCCAUCCGCGCUCAAAACCUAAAAAGUUUGAGAAAGUUUUUGACACAUAGCAUUUUACCAAUGUUUAUGUAAAUUUGAUGUCAUGUUUUACACCAACAUUUAAAUGUUCAUUAUAUGUACUGUUAAAAGUUUAAACUUGCAAUAUCAGAUAUCUUUUAAUAUGGUACGGAUAAUUGCAAUCACUUAUUAUGUACAGAAUUUUAGUUUUAUAUAGUUGGUAUAUAAAUAGAAUGAUAGGUCCUUUGUUCCUUUCUGCAAAUAGAGCAUUCUUAAACAAUAUUGGGUAGAAUUAGAAUGUCUUUUUCAUUAAAUAUGGAUGAUUAAAA